AUGGGCCGGUCUGAUUUUGUUCGCCUAUGGCGAGAGUUUCAAUGGUCAAAAAGUAUGGUGUUUAUAUUGGUCGGCUUCUAUUUAGGAUCUUUAAUUGGUCUUUUCUUUCGCGUGUCCGCAAAUGGACAAGCCUCGGAAAAAGAGACUUUAGAAGAUGAAUAUCUACUCGACAAGAUAUCAAAACUCAAUUUCAAAUUUCAUUUGACAGCGAUUCUUUGCAUCCUUGUUCACAGUAUUGCUAACACCAUUAUUAAUUGCACCAACGAUGUAAAAGUUAAUAGUUACAAAUUAGCUAGAUCAAUCUGUAAGACAAGCACAAGAAACAACCGACACAAUCAACCACAACAGGUAAAUACGCCGAAGCCUGAUGUCAAUACAAUUUUGUAA